AUGGCUCUGCUGAAACGGAAGCACUCUCUCGAAGAGUCCAACGCUGAAAGUUCUGCAAGCUCAUCCCAAAUUGUGCACUCCGAUGAUGAAGUAGAUAUCACUGCGGCUCUGACUGGGAAGAAAGCAAAGUCUUCAGAUAAUGUCUUGGAGAGUGACGGUGAAGAUGAUUAUGAGGAGCUGGAAGCUCUUAUCAAGGACUCUGUUGCGAAGAGGGAUAAAAAGGAAGGGACAAAGAUACUUAGACAGACCAAAGGAAAGACGAAAAUUUCCAAAGGUGAAGUCGGUGGAGGCAGUUUUCAGAGUAUGGGUCUUCACCCUCCCCUUUUGAGGUCUUUGACUCUACGAGGCUACAAAGUCCCAACUCCAAUCCAGCGACUAAGCAUCCCAACUCUGCUAGCAAACCCGCCUCGUGAUCUGGUCGGAAUGGCUCGAACGGGCUCAGGCAAGACUCUUGCAUAUAUGGUUCCAUUAACUCAACGCCUUAGUGGCCGACAUGCAACAACAUUUGGCGCCCGUGCUCUCAUACUCAUCCCUACUCGCGAGCUCGCUCUGCAGGUGCUGAAAGUCGGAAAAGAAUUGGUGCGAGGAUGGAAUUCUACCGAGGCGGGGCAUGCGGGAGAUAACACCAAUGACGAUGGCGGAGAUGAUGGAGGGAGCACGAAAGGACAGGCUUUGAGGUGGGGCUUGGUUGUUGGAGGCGAGAGUAUGGAUGAGCAGUUUGAGAUGAUCACCAGCAAUCCGGACGUUAUCAUUGCAACGCCAGGUCGACUUCUGCAUCUCAUCGUCGAGAUGAAUCUGGAUUUACGCUCCGUUCAAUACGUUGUUUUUGACGAGGCCGAUCGGCUAUUCGAAAUGGGCUUCUCAACUGCCUUGGACGAGAUACUUCACCGACUUCCUUCUACAAGACAAACACUGCUUUUCUCCGCUACUCUACCAAAGUCAUUGGUGGAGUUUGCCAAGGCGGGGUUACAGGACCCAAAACUCGUCCGCCUCGAUGCAGAGAGCAAGAUAAGUAGUGAUUUACGCAUGGCGUUCUUUUCUGUCAAGCAAGCAGAGAAGGACGCAUGUCUCCUUGUAUUACUUCGCAACAUAAUACGCGUCCCAUUAGGUUCUCCUGCAGAACACGAUGGAGCAGAGAAAGGGAAAGCCAAUCAAAAGGGAAAAGGCAAGGACUCUAACUCACGCCACGCCGCGCCGCACCAAACCCUUAUCUUCGUCGCUACAAAACAUCAUGUCGAAUAUGUCAAUGCGCUACUCACUACAGCAGGGUACAGAGUCUCGCAUAUCUACGGACAACUCGACCAAGCUGCGCGUACUCUACAAAUGGAACGAUUCCGACGCGGAGAGACGAGCGUGCUUGUUGUAACAGACGUCGCUGCGCGUGGAAUCGAUAUUCCUGUUCUGUCGCAUGUGGUGAACUUUGACUUCCCCGCUGGAGCGAGGGUUUUUGUACAUCGUGUUGGAAGGACGGCACGUGCAGGACGCACAGGAUGGGCUUGGUCAUUCGUCACUGCGACGGAACUUCCUCACUUGCUAGAUCUACAGCUCUUCCUUGGUCGACCGUUACGAAGUACAGUCGAUACGUCCAUCGUCGAACGCGCAUAUAUUGAGUCUCUGAUCCUCGGCGCCUUCCCUCGUACGAAGAUCGAUGAUGAGACGGAGUAUAUACGUUCUUUAGACUCGGGGAAUAGUUCCUUGACGACCCUUCGCGAGGUGAUGCGUAGAGGACAUGGGAUGUACGAGCGUAGUCAGGCGAAAGCGAGCCAAGCAAGCUACAAACGCGCGAAAGAGAUGAUGCGUAGUGGGACGUGGGGCUUCGCAACGACCGUCGGUGAAACAAACAUUCACCCUGUCUUCCGAUUAAUGCAGGGUACCGGGGACAUUCAGGACGGGGAGAAAGAGGAAGAAGCUCGGCGAGCACUCUUGAAGGCGGUUAAUUCCUUCUCACCCGCUGAGACGGUGUUUGAGAUUGGGAAUAGAGGGAAGUCGGCAGGUGCCGCGUUGAUGAAGGACCGAAGAAAAGCAUUGGUGAAAGCCCGUGAACGAGCCGUGCAUACAACUAGCAUUGUUGAAUAUGAAGUGCGGGAAACACAAGAAUCAGUGAUGCCUGCCGAAGAUAUCGAAAUGGCAGACGAAGAUGAUAUUGAGGCUGCAUUUGCUUCUGGCUCGAAACACGGUAAACACCGUGAUGAGGAAUUUUACCUCCCAUACGUCCAAAAGGACGCAAUGACAGAAAAAGGGUACUCUCUAAAAGACGGUGCAUCCUUCGCUGAGCAGGCAUCAGGAGCGACAUUCGACCUUACAAAUGAUGAGGCUGGUACACUAGGUACACAUGCAGGUCACGUCAGAUCCCAGCUCAAGUGGGAUCGCAAAAAGAAGCGAUUCAUCCGCGGCAGCGGUGAAGGUGCGGAUAACGUAAAAAUCGUGAAGACGGAAGGAGGCACGAGGUUGCCCGUGACGUACAGGAGUGGCAGGUUCGAGGAGUGGAGUAAGAAGACACAUGUUAGGGUUCCGAGGGUUGGUGAGAAGGAAAGCGAUGGUGCUGGUGCAAAGGUAAGAGGCGGAGGGGGAAAGAGGUUCAAGCAUCAGAGUGUGACUCCUGCGAAGCCUCUGCAUAAGCUUAAUAAGGACUAUGAGCGGAAGGCACGGCAAAUAACGAAGAAGGCGCAGGAACGCGGUGGUGGUGAAGAGGAGGCGGAGAACUCUCGUCCUUCAAUAACGAAGACGAAGAAAGUAGGCGUGGGGAAGAAGGGGAAGAGCCGGUAUGGUGGAAAGCCGAUUGGACGUGUCAAGUCUGAGUUGAAGUCUGCGGAGCAGAUUCGGAAGGCGAGGCAGGUUGCAGAACGCAAGAAGGCGAAGAACUCUCGUCCAUCCAGGAAGAAAGGGAAACGAUAGCUUUGGUGUUCACUUUCUUUGAUGUGGGCAGUUUGGAGAUGGAAGCAUGUGCAUCAUCCUGUCAUUAUCACAAAAAUCUGGGUAUACAUUAUAUGCUACAGGCUGAACGUUUGGCUAUGCAUACAAUGAUCGUAAAGAAUACAAAAC